AAACCGCUCCAUAUCAUAUCUAGCUUGCGAUAGAACCGGAAGGCCGUGGAUUCUUCGACGGAUUAUUUUUUGAGCGUCUUUCAUGGCUUUAUCUGUCUCAGAUUCCGUACAGCCUCGAGAUGUUUGUGUUGUUGGAAUGUCAAGGACGCCUAUGGGCGGCUUCCUUGGUUCCCUUUCAUCAUUGACUGCCAUAAAACUUGGAUCCAUAGCCAUUGAAUGUGCUCUAAGAAGGGCGAAUGUGGAUCCUUCGCUUGUGGAAGAAGUCUUCUUUGGCAAUGUCUUAAGCGCCAAUCUAGGCCAAGCACCAGCAAGGCAGGCUGCCCUUGGCGCCAGAAUUCCUCAUUCAGUGAUCUGCACCACUGUGAACAAAGUUUGUGCAUCCGGAAUGAAAGCGGUAAUGAUAGCGGCUCAAAGUAUCCAACUUGGCUUGAAUGAUGUUGUGGUGGCCGGUGGAAUGGAGAGCAUGUCAAAUGCACCUAAGUAUCUCACAGAAGCAAGAAAGGGUUUGCGCUUAGGCCAUGAUACCAUUGUUGAUGGUCUGCUAAAAGAUGGCCUCUGGGACGUGUAUAAUGAUUUUGGAAUGGGAGUUUGUGCUGAAAUAUGUGCUGAUCGGCACGGGAUUACAAGAGAAGAACAGGAUGCUUAUGCUAUCCAGAGCUUUGAGCGUGGUGUCGCAGCUCAAGAAGCCGGUUUGUUUGCUUGGGAAGUUGUCCCGGUUGAAGUUUCUAUGGGAAGAGGAAGGCCUUCAGUAGCUGUUGACAAGGAUGAAGGUUUAGGGAAGUUUGAUGCUGCUAAGCUAAAGAAACUUCGACCGAGCUUUAAGGAGGAUGGUGGAUCUGUUACUGCUGGCAAUGCGUCAAGUAUGAGUGAUGGUGCAGCAGCAUUAGUGCUGGUGAGCGGAGAGAAGGCUAUUGAACUUGGACUGCAUAUUAUCGCCAAGAUUAGAGGAUAUGCUGAUGCUGCUCAGGCACCUGAGCUUUUCACAACAGCGCCCACUCUAGCAAUUCCAAAAGCCAUAUCUCGUGCUGGUUUAGAUCCAUCCCAAGUUGACUACUACGAAAUAAACGAAGCCUUCUCUGUGGUAGCUCUUGCCAAUCAAAAACUGCUGGGUCUAGAUCCUGAAAGAGUUAAUGUGCAUGGUGGAGCUGUAUCAUUGGGACAUCCAUUGGGAUGCAGUGGAGCUCGUGUCUUGGUCACAUUAUUAGGGGUGCUAAGACAGAAGAAGGGGAAGUAUGGAGUGGCGGGAAUAUGCAAUGGCGGGGGAGGAGCAUCGGCACUUGUCCUCGAGCUCAUGUAAGCCCUCUAAAUUUGGGCCAAGUGCACGUAUUGGAUAUUCGGCGCUCUAGAGCAAAUAUGCUUAAGGAUGAACACCCAAGAGAUUAUCUGCAUACACACACAAAUAAUUCAAUGCAAGACUGUUAAGAAUUGCUGAUAUAAGUUGUCAUAAAAUGGUAACGAAUGAUUGGAACUGACCAGACACUCAUCUCAUGUCAGUGAGAUGGAAAAAGGGAGUGAAUGAGUAGAAAUAGAAUCCCUCAUCAUUUUGAGGUGAAGCAACAGAUAA